AAGUACGUCCCAAGGGCCAUCUUGGUGGAUCUGGAACCCGGAACCAUGGACUCAGUGCGUUCAGGACCCUUCGGGCAGAUCUUCCGGCCGGACAACUUUGUUUUCGGCCAGAGCGGCGCUGGCAACAACUGGGCCAAAGGUCACUACACGGAAGGGGCCGAACUGGUAGAUUCCGUUUUGGACGUGGUGAGGAAAGAAGCGGAAAGUUGCGAUUGUCUCCAAGGUUUCCAGUUAACCCAUUCCUUGGGCGGUGGUACCGGUUCCGGUAUGGGAACCCUUUUAAUUUCUAAAAUUCGAGAAGAAUAUCCCGAUCGGAUCAUGAAUACUUUCAGCGUGGUUCCAUCUCCGAAAGUUUCCGAUACGGUGGUAGAACCCUACAACGCUACUUUGUCCGUUCAUCAAUUAGUAGAAAAUACGGACGAAACGUAUUGUAUCGAUAACGAAGCUCUUUACGAUAUUUGUUUCCGUACCCUCAAAUUAACCACGCCCACUUACGGUGACCUCAACCAUCUCGUUUCGGCCACCAUGAGCGGCGUCACCACUUGUUUACGUUUUCCCGGUCAACUCAACGCCGAUUUACGUAAAUUAGCCGUCAACAUGGUUCCGUUCCCUCGACUUCAUUUUUUCAUGCCGGGAUUCGCACCGUUAACAUCUCGCGGAAGUCAACAAUACCGAGCUCUCACCGUCCCGGAAUUAACUCAACAAGUUUUCGACGCGAAAAAUAUGAUGGCGGCUUGCGACCCGCGCCACGGUCGUUACCUAACGGUUGCGGCGGUUUUUCGCGGGAGGAUGUCGAUGAAAGAAGUCGAUGAACAAAUGCUCAACGUUCAAAAUAAAAAUAGUUCUUAUUUCGUCGAGUGGAUCCCCAACAACGUGAAAACGGCCGUUUGCGAUAUCCCGCCGCGCGGGCUGAAGAUGGCCGUGACUUUUAUCGGCAACAGCACGGCGAUUCAAGAGCUUUUCAAACGGAUUUCCGAACAAUUUACCGCCAUGUUCCGUCGGAAAGCCUUCCUCCACUGGUACACGGGCGAAGGAAUGGACGAAAUGGAAUUUACCGAAGCCGAAAGCAACAUGAACGAUCUGGUUUCCGAAUAUCAACAAUAUCAAGACGCUACGGCCGAGGAAGAGGAAGAUUUUGGGGAAGAGGCCGAAGAAGAGGCUUGA